CAGAGCCAACAAUUCUAUAAAGUGAAACUGAACUAAAGAGCAUAAAAUGGUGUUCAUGUGUCGGCAGAUCCUCGGCAUGUCUCUAAGUGGUAUUGGCUUCCUGGGAGCUAUCUUGGUUUGUGCUCUUCCUGUGUGGAAGGUGUCAACAUUCAACAUGUCCCAUAUUCUGACAACGCUGACCAUCUGGGAGGGCUUGUGGAUGUAUUGUGCGACGCAGAGCACAGGACAGAUGCAGUGUAAGAUCUACGAUCUAUCUUUCACGGCCUUAUCCGAGGACCUGGAGGCCGCCCGGGUGCUCGUGGUCAUUGCCAUCAUCAUCUGCUUCUUUGCGCUGAUCCUGGGCAUAGCCUGUGGGAAAUGCACCAAUUUUGUGGCGAAGGAAGAUGUGAAGGUAAAGGUGUUGAUUGCCAGUGGUGUCAUGUUCAUUGUGGCAGGACUGCUGGUCCUGGUCCCCAUUUGUUGGUCAGCUAACACCAUCAUCAGGGACUACAAUAAUCCCUUGCUCAAUUCUGCCCAGAGGAAGGAGAUGGGGGCUUCACUCUACAUCGGCUGGGGUGCAGCUGCAUUGUUGAUCCUUGGAGGAGGUAUUCUGUGUAGCUCCUGCCCACCCAAGGAAAACAACUACGGGUUCAAGUACGCUCAGCCAUGGUCCAUUGCCACCAGCAGAGCCGACGUCUGAACGGAGAUCUCUCACGCAAAGACUGUUUACAUGCAAAAACUUUUCAUUCAUAAAGCCUCUUUGUUCCCCCAUCUGGCUUUUUCUCUGUUCCGAGGACAAGGACAUUAUCUGACAUGGCAUAGGUUAUUUAUUAUGAUUUUUUGCCGUGAUUAUAGAGCGAUCUCAAUACAUUUCAUAAUAGUAGAUUCACAGUACUGAGAAAUAACACAUGUUUUCACAAGAAAACAUUACAGAUCAUGUUCACUGCAAAAGAAGUUUAUUUGUCUUAUUUUGCAGAUACAAUAUCUAAAUAUGUUUAAAACAUGAACAAUUAAUUAGGAAGCAGAAUUGCAUAAGAUUUUCAAAAGUAAUCAAACCAAAUUUGGUGGGGGUUAAAGCUUCAUUCAGCAGAUGUCUUUGAGACAUUUAUGAUUUAGAAUGUUUGCAAAUCAUAUCUUUUUAAUAUGUUUAUCAGAUGUUAAUUAGAAUGCAAUACUUUCCAGAUGAAAUGCCAUUUAAGAGAUAUCUGGGAGAUGUACAUGUGCUAUCUGGGUUGCAUAUUAAGAAGAUGUCGGUCACAUUACUUUUGGGAACAUAUUCUUUUUUCUUUCAUCUUAAUACUAUAAACUUAAAACUGACUAAGACAAAUAAAUAAAGGGUGACCUCAACCAGAGUGGUGGUGGCGUAGUGGCUAAAGCACAGGGCUGUUAAUCAGAAGGUCACAGGUUCUAACCCAGCCACCACCAUUGUGUCCUUGAGCAAGGCACUUAACUCCAGGUUGCUCCGGGGGGAUUGUCCCUGUAAUAAUUGCACUGUAAGUCGCUUUGGAUAAAAGCGUCUGCCAAAUGCAUAAAUCUAAAUCUAAAUAAAUCUAAAUCAACCUAUAACAAGUGUUCUUGUUGGCUGUAUGCUUCCAGCAAGUGUUAUGGGAUUUGACAAAAGAGAUGUAAACCAAUCUCAUGUAUUUCAUGUCAUUAGAUAGCAAUUCUGUGGAACAAGGUAGAAGUAAAUGUGUAUGUAAGGGAUCAAUUACGACGGACUGUUGAAUUGUUUAAAUAACGCACAACUGAGGUGGUGAUGCGGUAACAACGUGCGGUGGAGUGGGGGGUGGUGGGGCAGAUAUUUCACAUAUUAUACCACAGGUCUGUUGAAUGCUUGAUUCUGAUUUGUUCACCGACAUUAUAAGGUGCAAUUACUUUUCAAGGAAACACACGGCUAUAAAGUAAUUUCAGCUCUUGACCGUUCCAUAUUACUUCGCCAAAGGAUUUCCAUUAUUUCAAAUAACCAUUUAAAACAAAGACAAUUAUUAAAGUAAAUUGAUAAAGAACGUUAAAACAAUGUCUGAAAUAUCCUACAUUUAUUUCAAUUAAGGUUAAAAAGAGCCCUCAUGCUCACUCAUCUCCCCCGAAUUUACACACUCCGCUGCGCAUCGUGACCGCAUUACCACCUCGAGUGUGCGUUAUCUUUCAACAAUUCAGCGGUCCGUCAUCAAUUACUACUUACUUAACGAGUAAGGAAUAAGGAGCCUUAUUGUAAAGUGUUAGCAUAUAAUGCAGACAUUUCAUUACAAAUUGUAUAAUGACCAUAAAACAUGUUAAGUGCAAAGUUUAAUAAAAACAAAUUAACAUUCAUUUCAAAAUGUCUUAGUAAAAGUUUGACAGUGCUGCAAAUUGUAUUGUGCUACUUCUGUGUUAAUAAUCAAUCUCUUUUGUAAAUGCUUGUGUAAAGGCACUUAUUUCUAGGUAAUGCUGUGCAGUUUCAAAUCCAUUAAACAUGUU